AUGAGGAACAACACCCACCACCACGGGAUGCACACUUCUUUCCACUUCUGGAACCGCAGUGGCUAUGGACUGCACAGCAAUGCCAGUGAGUCCCUUGGAAAAGGCUACUCCGAUGGAGGGUGCUACGAGCAACUUUUUGUCUCUCCGGAGGUGUUCGUGACUUUGGGUGUCAUAAGCUUGUUGGAGAAUAUUCUAGUGAUUGUGGCAAUAGCCAAGAACAAGAAUCUGCAUUCGCCUAUGUACUUCUUCAUCUGUAGCCUGGCUGUGGCCGAUAUGUUGGUGAGCGUUUCAAACGGAUCAGAAACCAUUGUCAUCACCCUACUAAAUAGUACAGAUACAGAUGCACAGAGUUUCACAGUGAAUAUUGAUAAUGUCAUUGACUCAGUGAUCUGUAGCUCCUUGCUUGCAUCAAUUUGCAGCCUGCUUUCAAUUGCAGUGGACAGGUAUUUUACUAUCUUUUAUGCUCUCCAGUACCAUAACAUUAUGACAGUUAAGCGGGUUGGCAUCAUCAUAAGUUGUAUCUGGGCAGCUUGCACAGUUUCAGGCAUUUUGUUCAUCAUUUACUCAGACAGUAGUGCUGUUAUCAUCUGCCUCAUCACCAUGUUCUUCACCAUGCUGGCUCUCAUGGCUUCUCUCUAUGUGCACAUGUUCCUGAUGGCUAGACUUCACAUUAAGAGGAUCGCAGUUCUGCCAGGCACUGGCACCAUCCGCCAAGGUGCCAACAUGAAGGGGGCAAUUACCUUGACUAUCCUGAUUGGGGUCUUUGUUGUCUGCUGGGCCCCAUUCUUCCUCCACUUAAUAUUUUACAUCUCUUGUCCCCAUAAUCCAUACUGUGUGUGCUUCAUGUCUCAUUUUAACUUGUAUCUCAUACUGAUCAUGUGUAAUUCAAUCAUCGAUCCUUUAAUUUAUGCACUCCGGAGUCAAGAACUGAGGAAAACCUUCAAAGAGAUCAUCUGUUGCUAUCCCCUGGGAGGCCUUUGUGACUUGCCUAGCAGAUAUUAA